UGGGAACGGAGUCAAGUCUGUCUGUCCCGGCCUAUGUGUUCAGCUAGGAACUCAAGAUGGAGGACAGGGGAACGCAAAACAUGGAUCUUUACUGACUUUUUCGUCGCUUUUUAGUAUUCCACUGGAUUUUUUUUUUUUUACCGUACUUAUGGCGGAACUUAUAGAAGAUGAACAUGCCUAGAAAGGGGAAUGGCCAGCUGCCGUUACCCGACGGCUGGGAAGAAGCGAGGGACUUUGACGGCAAAGUGUUUUAUAUCGACCACAACACUAAACAAACAAGUUGGAUAGACCCGAGGGACAGGUUGACGAAGCCCCUGUCGUUUGCGGACUGUGUGGGAGACGAGUUACCGUGGGGAUGGGAGGCCUCAUACGACCCUCAGAUUGGCAUCUACUACAUCGACCACAUCAACAAGAGUACACAGCUAGAGGACCCCCGGGCGGAGUGGAGGAAGGAGCAGGAGAGGAUGUUGAAGGAGUACCUGACAGUAGCCCAGGAUGCCCUGGUCACCCAGAAAGAGUUGUACCAGGUCAAAGAGCAGCGGCUGGCCUUGGCCCUGGAUCAGUACACACGCCUCAACGACGCAUACAAGGACAAGUCCAGCUCACGCACCAGCCUGUUCUCGGGGUCUUCGUCCAGCACUAAGUAUGACCCUGACAUCCUCAAGGCUGAGAUCUCCACCACCAAAGUCAGGGUGAAUAAGCUGAAGAGAGAGCUCUCCCAGAUGAAACAGGAGCUCAUCUACAAAGAACAAGGCUUUGAAACCUUGCAGCAGAUCGACCAAAAGCUGUGUGGCGAGCAGAGUGGAUACCGUCUGAAGGAGGCCAAGGCCAUCGUGACGGAGCUCAAGUCUCUCCGCAGGGCCAUCAGCUCUGGAGAGAAGGAGAAACAGGACCUCAUGCAGUCUCUGGCUAAGCUAAAGGAGAGGUUCCACACGGAACAUAACAUGGGCCGUUCGGAACCAGACCUCCGGAACCCAGUGGGCUCCAGACAGACGCUAGAAGCCGGCUCCCAGACAGACGUCUCUGGAGAGGCUGGUUUGAGGAGCAGAUCAUCCUUGGCUGAGAAGGUUAGACUUAGUCUCCAAUAUGAAGAGGCCAAAAGAAGUAUGGCCAACGUGCAGGUGGAGCUGGCCAAGCUGGAGAGCGAGGCGUGGCCGGGGGCGGUGGACGUGGAGCGGGAACGUCUCCUCCUGGUCUCGGAGAAGGAGGAGCUCCUCAAGGAGCUGCAGUUCGUAUCGCCACGGCGACGCACCCCGCAGGACCUCCAACGUCUGGAGGCCCAGAGGCUGCAGCUGGAGCAGGACCUACAGGCCGUCAGGAACACCCCCAGCCACGCCCUGGCCCAGAGGUUGAAGGUGCAGGAGAGGAGACGAGUCCUGGUGCAGAGACUGGAGGAAUCAACCAGACUGACCACACUGCUCCACUCUCAGCUCAAGAGUUUGUCGGCCAGUACCCUGUCCGUCUCAUCAGGCAGCAGCCUGGGUUCUCUGGCCUCCAGCCGUGGCUCCCUCAACACAUCCUCCUCCCGCGGCUCCCUCAACUCCCUCUCCUCCGGAGACCUCUACUACACCCCCGCAGAACCCCCCUCUCCCCUGGACCUGGACUACCAGUGUAAACUGGACCUGCUCCUCCAGGAGCCCUUGACCCCCUCUGGGAUAACCUACAGGCGGGGAGACCCCCCAGGAACUAUCACCACCAUCCACGAACACGAGGUGGAGAACCCACACCCACACAACACGUCGCUUCACACACACGCCGUCGGAACCGGUACCACCGACCUGGUCCCAUUAGCGCCGCUGGUUGCGGUGUCCUCGAAGCCGGCCGAGCCGUCCAAGUCGGUGACGUCGCUUUCCUCGAGGUCGUCGUUGUCUUCUCUCUCGCCGCCGGGUUCGCCGCUGGUGCUGGAGGUCGGUGCGUUCCCGUCGGCGGGCCCACAGGACUUUGGGGACGGCGACGUCGGUCUGGUGGUGUCGGACUUUGGCGGUCUCAGCCUGGGAUUCUACGACGGCCAGGGGAUGGGGAUGUUUGAGCCGGAGACGGGGGAGAGGGACAGAGGAGGGGAGGGGGGGAGGGAAGGGAGAGGGGCACUGGCUACCCUCAGAGAGAGUAUUACAGACGUGGACCUCCAGAGGCCGGGGGAGGACAGGCCCACCUGUGUGUCAGCAGCCGUGUCAGACGAGUCCGUGGCCGGGGACAGUGGGGUGUACGAGGCCUCUAAUGUCAAACGGUCAAUGGAGUCUGAUGAACCAGUGGUGUAUCUGGAGGAUGAGCCUGUCCUUCCUGAGUCUGCCCAGGUCCAGAUAGGCCUGAAAUAUGAUGCUGCCAACUCCAGUUUUGUCAUGGUGAUCAUGCAGCUGCAAAACCCUGCUGCCCUGUCAGUCCCCUCCACUACCAGAGUAUACAUCCGGGUGGCGCUCCUCCCAUCUUCCAGUGACAUCAGCAGUCUGUUCAGGACACGCGUGGUGCCCGUGGCGCUGCCCGACAGCGUGACGUUCAACGAGGUGUUCAGGGCGGCCGCGCCGCACGGCGUCCUCCGGCACAAGACGCUCCGCGUCGACGCCUGCACCGUGGGUCCCGGACGCACCGAGGACUGCCUGGCUGGAGCCCAUGUGAGUCUGGGAGAGCUUCCAGUGAGUGGGGAUAUGACCCGUGUGUGGUACAACCUGUUGACCAGUGAGAGGAUCAGAGAGAUAGAAGAGGCCAGCCAGGAGAGACCCGGCCCUGGGCCAGAGCAGCACCCUGCAGGGCCCGUGGACAUGGAUGCGGUGUCGGCCCUGCUGCAGAGGACCUCCAGCGAGUUGGAGGCUGUGGAACAGGAGCUGGCCUUGGAGGAGAAGGAGAGAGCGAGCCAGCUGGACCUGGACGGACACCAAUGGCUGAGCAUGCUGGGAGAGGACAGCCCUCAACUGGUCCUUGGACUGGAGGAGGAAGAAGAGGGGGAGGAGGAGAGGAAGGAUCCUGUCAAGGCAGAGAAGAGGUUUGCUGGCUCUGGGCAGGCGUACGGAGGGGUGGAAAAGGAGAAGUGUCGAGAAGAGCCAGCCAGAGAGGAAGAGGAGGAGAAGAAAGAGGAGGAGAGGAGAUGUAAAGAGAGACACCCUCAGGCAAAUAAAGGACCAACGCUGGUGGAUGCGGAGACGAACACAGAGAUGUGUGGUGUGGCGGUGAGGCCUAAAGACAGACCCAGCCUGGGACCAGGACCACGCAGCUCUCAGAGAGGCUUCGUACGGAACAGUAUGAUCAUGAGGUCUCAAACCUUCUCCCCUGGGGAGCGCAACCAGUACAUCUGCAGGUUGAACCGGAGCGAUAGCGACAGCUCCACAUUAUCCAAAAAGUGCCCGUUUGUCCGGAACACCUCGGAGAGACGCAGCCUAAGGGUUAAGAGGACCCUGUGCCAGCCGGUGGUGGUGCGGAGGCGUGGAGGAGCCGGGGAGACAAACACCCGGACCUCCCUGGACUUGGAGCUGGCCCUCCAGGCUUCGCGAACGCGUCAGAGCCGUCUGAACGACGAGCUCCAGGCCUUGAGGGACCUGAGGGCCCACCUGGAGGCCUUGAAGGCCCGGGGAGAGACGGAGCUGCCCGAGUCCGUGCUGCAUGACCACCGGUUUCACAGGCUGCUGGAGCAGGCCGAGAGACAGGCGGAGCAGUCUAAGGAGCAACAGCGUCAGGAGCAGCGGGCAGAGAAGCUGAUGAGGAGGGCCUCCAAAGACGUGUGUCGGCUGAGAGAGCAGAGCCAGAAGGUCCCCCUGCAGGUCCAGUCUUUCAGGGAGAAGAUGGCCUACUUCACACGAGCUAAGAUCAAUAUACCAUCCCUACCGGCUGAUGAUGUAUGAUUACAUAGUGACACAAUGAAGUAUUUUUCCUUUUAUAGCAGAGUAUUUUAAUAGUGUAGUUUCUUUGAAUGAAACCAAUCGAAUAGUUUGUACACUAUAGUUUAUGCAUUUGUAUAAUAAGUUGUAAUUGAAUACUAUCUUGUAAAAAAACACAAAAAAAACUAAAUAAUGGCUUUCUUAUAUCAGGAGAAAACCCAAAAUAGAGGUGUUUUGGUACUUGUA